GCCGUACAUAAAGAACCCCAGCCCCCCCCCGCUUGUCUAUACGUAGCAGCUACAGAUCAGAUCAGCUCACCAAAAAGAUAACAACGAGCAACAAAGCAAGCCAUGGUCACCGAAUCCCUCCCCCCCUGGGCCGAAAAAGCCAACGCCAAACGCGCCGCCCGAGACGCCCUCCUCCCCUCCCAAUACCUCAUCCCCCCCUCCCUCCUCCCCACGAUCCCCCCUCCCACCCCCGGUAAGGCCGGCCUCUCCCUCCUCGACUUCCCGCGCAAAAGUGGUUUAUUCACAAAAGAAGAAUUGGAGAUCACGGAAACCAACGCAGCGGAUCUCGUUGCGGGAAUGAAGGAGGGAAGGUGGAACGCGGUCGAGGUCAUGAAGGCUUUUUGUCAUCGGGCGACGGUUGCGCAGGGAUUGGUGAACCCCCUCACCGAGGUUUUCUUUGAUCAGGCGUUGGAGCGGGCAGAAGAACUCGACAAAUACUACCAGGAGACGGGAGGGAAGACGGUGGGUCCCUUACACGGUCUUCCCAUCUCGCUCAAAGACCAAUUCAAAGUCGAGGGUGUCGAGACGACGAUGGGAUACGUCUCCUGGAUCGGGGAUGUGGCAAAGGAGGAUUCAGUGUUGGUCAAGUCACUGAAAGCGGCCGGUGCGAUUCCGUUCGUCAAGACUAAUAUUCCGCAGACGUUGAUGAUGGGGGAUACAUACAACAACAUCUUCCAGCUAACCCUCAACCCAAACUCAACCUCCCUCUCCCCAGGUGGCUCCUCCGGCGGCGAAGGAGCACUGGUAUCGUUUAGGGGAAGCCCAAUGGGUGUCGGAACAGAUAUCGGCGGGUCCGUUCGGUUACCGAGUAGUUUCUGCGGGUUGUGGGGUUUGAGACCAUCUCACGGCCGCAUCUCAUACUGGGGCGCGGCGAAUAGUAUGGUGGGGCAGGAAGCCGUCACGUCUUGUGCAGGGCCGAUGUCGCACUCGCCCGCUGACCUCUCGCUCUUCAUGAGUGGGUAUUUGUCGAGUGAGCCGUGGCAGUGGGAUCCGGAGGUUAUUCCGAUGCCGUGGGAUAUGGGGAAGGAGAGGGCAGUGCAGGAGGGGAAACGUGUGUUUGGGAUGAUUACUUGGGAUGGGGUUGCACAUCCUCAUCCACCCAUUGCUCGCGCACUCGAGAUGACGCGUUCGGCACUCCUCGCCGCUGGGCAUGAAGUCAUCGAUGUAGAGGCCUACGACCACGCCCGCGCUAUCCGCAUCAUCGGAAAACUCUACUCCGCGGACGGCGGAAAAGAAAUGGCUCAACACAUCGAGGCCUCAGGCGAGCCGUGGUUAGACGAGGUGAAAGGGUUGUUGUUCCCCACUGACAAGAACGGGAAGGCACAGAGUACGGAGAUGAGUGUAUUGGAGACGUGGGAGGUACAGCAGGAGAGGAAUGUUUACGCGGCUGAGUAUUUGAAGUGGUGGGCUGAGACGGCAAAGUCGACGAGUACGGGGAAGCCGAUCGAUGGGUAUAUCAUGCCUGUCGCUCCUCACGCUUCGAAGCCUAACCGAGGUAACUAUCGUUGGAUGGGAUACUCAUUCGUCACGCCCCUCCUCGAUCUCUCCACGGGCGCAUUCCCUGUCACGACCGCCGAUCCGGCGAUUGACGUCAAGCCCGAGACGUUCGAGGCGGCGAAUGAGCUUGAUCAAGCGUUGUAUGAUGAUUAUGAUGCGGAAUUCUAUAAGGGUGGGCCGGCGGGGUUGCAGAUUGUCUGUAAGAGAUUGGAGGAUGAGAAGUGUGUUGGGUUGUUGAUGGUUAUCGAGAAGGCUUUGAAGGAGGCUGCUUGAGGAGUUGUUUCUGCUAUCGUAUACCCGUUUGUUUCUUGUUGUUCCCAAUAUACCCAGUGUAUUGAGCCGUUUC